UGAGGGCGUGGUUCAGUCGUGCAGUCCUACGGCAUCUGCCGAAUUUCAGUUCGUUGCAGUCGUAAACAGUCACUGUCGUGAGCACUGGCCGCCCGUUGAAGAUGGCGGCGGAGCUGCAUCCGCGGAGUGGAAAGCUGAUCGGCCUGUCCAACUCCAACCGCACCGCCCGGCGCAACCAGCCAGUGCAGGAGUUCAACCAUGGCCUGGUGCUCAGCAAGGAGCCUCUGAGGGACCGGGAUGUCUUCACCGUUCGCAUUGACAAGAAGGUGAACUCGUGGAGUGGAUCCAUUGAGAUUGGUGUGACGGCUCUCGACCCUGCUGCCCUGGACUUUCCCAGCAGCGCCACAGGCCUCAAAGGCGGCUCCUGGAUCGUGUCGGGCUGUUCGGUGCUACGUGACGGCCGAUCCGUCCUGGAGGAGUACGGCCGUGACCUGGACCAGCUGGCCGAGGGCGACCGCGUGGGCAUUCAACGCAGCUCCCGUGGUGAGCUCCACCUGUGGGUGAACGGACAGGAUUGUGGGGCAGCCGCCAGCGGCCUGCCACCCAAACUCUGGGCAGUGGUGGACUUGUACGGCAAGUGCACGCAAGUGACGGUGGUGAGCUGUGAGCCGCCGCCGCCCUCUGCUGAGAGGGAGAGAGAGACAGUAGAGCGGAACAAAGAAGAUGAAGCAGAGGAAGAGGAGGAGGAGGAAGAGGAGGUGGUGGUGUGUGGUGGUCGGGAGGAUGCAGGGAUUACAGCGCUGAUGAAUGUGGCAGCGAUGAAUGGGAUGAUGAAUGGAGAUGAAGUGCCUGAGCUCAACUGUAGCCACAGCCGACCAGACAAGUUCCCCAACAACCUGGAGCCUGACACAGUUCUAACAGAGCACCAACUCUUCGACGUCUUCAACAACGCAAUAGUAUCAUUUUAUCGCUCGGAGGAUGAAGGUGGAGGGGAAGACGGAGGAGGUGGGACAGAAGGAGGAGGAGCGGGAGGAGGAGAAAAUACAGGAUCAAAUUCCUCAGCCAGAAAUGACAGAGGAAGCAACAGUGGAGGAGGUGCAGUGAACAGUGACAGUGGGACGGGGUCAACAGGAGGAGGAGCAGGAGGUGGAGGUGGAGGAGAGAGCGGGAAUACGAAUAACAGUCCUGCCAACAACGGAGGGUUGGGGCCAGCAGCUGUGACUGGUGGUGGCGGUGGACUGACCACGAAUGACGCUCUGCUUUUUCACGAGAAGUGCGGCACACUGAUCAAACUGAGCAACAACAACAAAACGGCGGAGCGGAGGAGACCGCUGGACGAGUUCAACAACGGCGUGGUGAUGACCAACCGGCCGCUCCGACACAACGAGAUGUUUGAGAUCCGUAUUGAUAAGCUGGUGGAUAAAUGGUCAGGCUCAAUAGAGAUCGGUGUGACCACACACAAUCCCAACAACCUGGACUAUCCUGCAACCAUGACCAAUCUGCGCUCAGGUACAAUCAUGAUGAGUGGCUGUGGGAUACUGACAAACGGGAAGGGAACCCGCAGGGAAUACUGUGAAUUCAGCCUGGAUGAACUUCAGGAGGGCGAUCAUAUAGGUUUGAUGCGUAAAGCCAGCGGAGCCCUGCAUUUCUACAUCAACGGGAUUGACCAAGGUGUUGCAGCAGCUCAGACGCCCGGUGUGGUCUACGGCGUGGUUGACCUCUACGGCAUGGCCGUGAAAGUCACCAUUGUUCACAACCACAAUCACAGUGAUCGCCUCAGACGCAACAACGCCAUCAUGAGGGCGCUGUCCCCCGAUGUGGGUCGUCCGCGGCCAUCUCUCUCCCUCACCCCAGACUCUGAGGGGGUCGACCGUCUGCUCUUUCACCACAACUGUGGUCAAAAGGCCGCCAUCAUCAGUGAGGGCAGAACGGCGCUGCGACCGCAUGCAACCGAUGACUUCAACCACGGCGUGGUCCUGAGCAGCCGGCCCCUGCGCUCUAAUGAGGUGUUCCAGGUCCGCAUCGACAAGAUGGUGGACAAGUGGGCGGGCUCCAUUGAGAUUGGCGUCACAACACACAACCCUGCAUAUCUGCAGCUGCCCUCCACCAUGACCAACCUUCGCUCAGGGACGUGGAUGAUGACGGGAAACGGAGUAAUGCACAACGGAACAACAAUACUAGACGAGUAUGGACACAAUCUGGACCGACUCAAGGCUGGAGACACAGUAGGUGUAGUAAGGAAAGAAGACGGCAGCCUCCACUUCUUUGUGAACGGCGUUCCUCAGGGUCCUGCAGCAUGGAACGUCCCUCCCAGCGUCUACGCCGUGGUUGACCUUUAUGGCCAGGCAGCCCAAGCUACUAUCAUGGACGACAUGGUCGACCUCCCUCCUCUGCCAGACGACAGCUCUGAGGGACCCACGGCCAUGUCUCCUGGGAGCCCCUGCUCAGUCGGCGGGGCCACGACGACCAGCGACCUGCGCUUCCACCAGCUGCACGGCACCAAUGCUGUCAUCACCAACGGGGGGCGCACAGCCCUGCGCCAAAACUGUCGCAGCGAGUUCAACGAUGCUAUCGUCAUUUCCAACAGGUGCCUUCGAGAUGGAGAGCUGUUUGAAAUUGUUAUACAGAAGAUGGUGGACCGCUGGUCGGGCUCCAUUGAAGCAGGUCAGGCAUUUGUUGGACUUCACUCUGGAGUGACAGCUAUUAGACCAGAGGAGCUUGAGUUUCCAAACACGAUGACAGACAUUGACUAUGACACCUGGAUGCUCAGUGGGACGGCCAUCAUGCAAGACGGCAAUACGAUGCGUAACAACUACGGCUGCGACCUGGACUCACUAACCACAGGAUCAAGGAUCGGCAUGAUGCGCUCGGCUACUGGUGACCUUCACUAUUACAUCAACGGCGUGGACCAGGGUGUGGCCUGCUCUGGACUGCCUUCAGAGGUGUAUGCAGUCAUCGACCUAUACGGUCAGUGCGUCCAGGUGUCCAUCACCAGCUCCUCAGGUCCACUGGACAACAGCCUGUGCACCUGCAACAUCACUGAGAAGAGCUUCCCCAUUCACUCACCAGUAGCAGGAGUUGCUCAUCGGCUCCACAGUAAACAUGGUAAAAACGUGGUGCUGCUUGGCGAAGACUGCCAGGCUGUCAGAGUUGGAGGUUACUCGCACGGGAUUGUGUUCAGCGCCAAAGAGCUCAAAGCAGACGAGUUGUUUGAGGUGAGGAUUGAUGAGGUGGACGAGCAGUGGAGUGGUUCGCUGCACAUCGGUCUGACCACGCUCUCACCUCCCGAGCUGCCUUCUUGUCCACUGUCAGGGCUGUCGCCCUCUCUCCCACAUGUACGCACCAAGGUCACCUGGCUGCUGAGCGGCUCAGAGGUCCGUCGCAACGGCGUGCUGCAGCGUCAGAACUACGGCUGUUCCCUGGACAGGCUGACGGUUGGGAACCGAGUGGGUGUGAAGAGGUGCAGCGAUGACACCAUGCACAUCUUCAUUGACGGAGAAGACAUGGGACCUGCUGCUAACGCAGUGGCCAAGAAUGUGUUUGCAGUGCUGGACCUGUAUGGGAGGAUAACAGCCGUGUCCAUCGUCAGCUCCUCCUUGAUGGAGGACGUGGAGAGUGUGAAGGAGACGUCGCUGUCCUCAGGGAGCUGCAGUGAAGGAGAGGAGGACAGCAGUCCAGUCAGAGAGGUGGAGACAGAGGUAUCGACACUGGUGCCCACCAUCAUGGCCUUCCUGGAAAACCACGGCAAAAACAUCCAGCUGUCCAACCAGAACCUGACGGCAGCCCGGGUUUCCAGCUACAACCAGGGUCUGCUGGUCACCGCCCUGCCGCUGGCUCGACAGCAGCUCUUCCAGUUCCGGAUUGACCGCCUGAACCCCUCGUGGACUUCGUCGCUGUCAUUAGGCGUGAUCGGUCACUCUCCUGACCGGCUCAACUUCCCCUCCACAGCGUGUUGUUUGAAACGCUCGGCCUGGCUGCUACAGAGAGACUCUGUCUUCCACAACUCACUGAAGAUAUGUGAGAACUAUGGACCUAACCUGGACACGUGUCCAGAGGAGACAGUGUUGGGUCUGCUGGUGGACGCCAACAGUUGUCUCCAUCUCUAUGUGAAUGGCAUGGACCAGGGCGUGGCAGCACAGGACAUCCCUUCACCUUGUUACCCUUUUAUCGACCUCUAUGGCCAGUGCGAACAGGUCACCAUAGUAACCAACAAUGUGCCGGCAGUGGGUGCAGAAAGUGGUGAGAGCCGCUGUCAGGGAGACAUGGAGAAGGCCGACAUGGUUGAUGGAAUCAAAGAGAGUGUGUGCUGGACGCCACCUCCUGAGGUCAACCCCAACAAGACCUGUGAAUACCAGGCUCUGUGCUCUCGCUUCAAAGACCUGCUCACUUUACCUGACGGCUACUUCAACGAAGACACCAAGUACAACCUGUGCUACUGCGAGUCCUGCCACAAGCUCCGAGGAGAUGAGGCGUAUUACAAGAGAGGCGAGCCGCCCCGAGACUACGCCCUGCCCUUUGGAUGGUGUUGCUUCGCCCUCAGGAUCAAGCCUCACUGUGAGGUUUCCAACGCACUGAAGAAGUGGCACAUCGCAUACCACGGCUCCAGUGUGGGAGCUCUCCGGCGAACACUAGACCACAAUCAACUACUGUCUGGAAUGUCGUCGAUCUUCUCUGUGUCCCCGGGGAAGACGGAAGGUCCGAACGGCUACAGUGAGCCAGAAGAGAACAGCGCCCCCGGCAGGGAGGUACCCAGAGUGCAACUCUCUCCUACCAUGCGUUACUCUGGUCUAGAAAUCUUUGCUCCCAAAGUGCAAUUUCGGGAUCCACGUUCUCACCGCUCCCACCAGGCCCAGGUUGGAUUCCAGGUCUGUGUGCGUCCAGGCUCCUAUAAGGUGGGACCCCAGACUCUGGGGCACAGCGAGCCUCUAGACCCACGUUUCAGCAACUCGGAGAUCGAGUGGAUCACAAAGGAGCAUGGUGGCACGCUCCUCUAUGGUCUCCUCGUUCGGGUGGAAUGAUGGGAGCAGGGAGGCAGGAGGUCGGUGAAUGUGAAGGAACAUCCUCACACUUUUUACUGAAAACUGAUCCAAAAAAUCCAACCCCUGCCUUGAGCGAAAGACUCCAACUGUCCCUGCAAAGGACUGUUGACAAUUCAGCAUUACUGACAUUUUUCUUUAAUUUGUUGGUUUUUCGUUGUUGGCCCUCGGACUCCUUCAACAGGCGAGGGCUACGGCGGUCUCAAAGAAGAACAGACACUGCCUGCACUUUAUGUUUCAGACACUUGUGGGCGAUUUUUAAAAAAAGAAAAAGUAAAGAGAAAAAAAAGUUACUUCUCAUCGACACAAUGUGUUUGUUUAUCAGCUGCAUUUUUGUGGGGUUGAGGGAGGGAGCACUUACUUCAACACCAUCACAUGCGCUCUGGGCGGCCGCCAACCUGCACGCUAACGGACUGGCACUGAGGAGGGGAAAAAAUCAGGUUAAAAAAAAGUUUUCAAGUGAAUUGAAAAAAGAUACAAAAGUGUGACACAAAAAAGAGUGAUUGUGACUUUGUAAAGAAGGUUUUUAAGAUGGAAAAAAAACUGGAAGAACCAAAAAAAAAGAAGUUUACACACACACCGCUCAAUGUUAGUGUCCGCUCCACUUCACAUUAUCCCCAUUGGACUUUGGUAUACAACACAGCAUCAGUUCCUACAUGAGAAAAACCGGAAAGUUUGACCUCCCCGAAAAAUUAUCCUGUAUUAGGAAUUUGAGUUAAAUCUGGGAGCUUCAAGGUUUCUGCAUUGAGAAUCAUUAAAAUAAAGAGAAAUUGUUUUACAAGAAGUAUAAAGUAAGAAGAGUGAGGAGUUUAACUUUAUUAAAUUUGUUGCCAGCCCUGUUGUUCUAAAAAAAAAAAAUCUCCAGGGCAGAUUGUUUUGACCAUAUUUUUAAAUUCCCAUGUACUCCAAAAAACUUUGCCAGUGCUAUGCAACAUAAAGGUACUUCAUUUAAAACACAUGAAGACCUAUAGACUCUAAACGUCUUAUAGUCGUGGCUGUAUAUUUGUGUUGCCUUCCUGACUGAGAGAACAACAAAAUCCAAAAAUAAAAAACAAUCUGUUUAUCUAAUGGUGGCGGAAUGAAUAGGAGCAACAACAACAACAUAAAAAAAAAGUUUAGUUAUUUUUUAAAUCUGUACCUUUCAUAGUUUACACUCACAUCCAUCCGUCCAUCAUGUCGGUUUAUCAGCGCCUAUAGGCAAAUGAAGGAAAUCCUGAUCUCUGCUGGUGUUUACAUGUGAAUGUCAUAAGUUAGGGCUGCGUUGAUGUCACUGAUUUACAUGCAUUACACUCAUUUCUACAAAAAAACUACAUCUGAUUGUUUGUGAACAGCUUUCACUCUUCUCAUUUGCCAAUUUGGUACAAACGCACUGCAGAUCGUGUAAUCAUUAACUUUGUUUUUAAAGGCACAUCUUUGAUGAGUCAAAUUCAGUGAUGACAAAAACAAAAAAAGCUCAGACACUUUCAAAGUGCAGCUGUGAUUUGAAUGACGGAAGAUGUGUGUGAGCUUCAACGGAGGAAAUCUUCCAGUCAAUAAUGUGAAAAAAAAAAAUGUUUGGGUGAUUUACAGCCCAGUGCUGCUUUGUACAAUUUUAUUUUUUAUUUUUAGUUUGAUUUUAGUUUGAUUAUUUUCUGUAUGUUGCGUUGUACAGGCUGUUACAUAACAAAUCAUAUCUUCCUCAUUUUUAAAAAAAAUAAAAUUAAACUGACAGACACUAGA